AUGGGCUCCAUGUGUUCAACUGCGGGGUCUGACCCGCGCUUCAACGAGCUUAACAUAAGGUUAGUUGGCUCCUUCGAAGAUUCGUGGCCCUUGUCUCCGGAGCUGUUGGAGAAAUACAGAUGCCUUAUUUCAGAGGGUAGGGAAAUAGAUGACUUUUUCCAGACAGCCGAUUCUGGGCUUAAACUCUACCAAAUAGCUACUCGGGAGAAGACAGAACAGGCAAUGAAUGCUUGCUUGGAGCAGAUCGUCAAGGUGUCCGAGACAAUUGCCCGCUAUUUAGUGUUUCAGGAGUCGUUUGUACCGGCUUUAAUUUAUCUAUUAGACUGUAUUAACAAGAGUGCUGAUUCUCCGUUUAUCACAGAUGCCGACGACCUUUGGAUGAAUAUUACGAAGAUGAAUAAUCCAAAGAUAUCUUCCUUACUAAUCUUAUUGACACAGCUGUUCGACAUCUGCUCUUCCAUAGACAAGAAGUUCCUCAACAAAAACUUCGACAGCUCAGUUGGAAUCUUCCGGCGUCUGGCCCAUGACAGGCAUCUCGACAUCAAUCACUCCCUCAGUAGGCUUGCCACGUCUCAGACGGUCUCCAUGUCGCUGUCAGGCCCCGGCCCCACCCUUCGGCAGUUCAUUCAGUCAUGCGCAUGCAUGCCCACGCUCGAGCCAAGACACGUGCAGUGUCAGCGAUCUUGUACUUGUGGCUGUGGCGUCAUUCAGUGUGCGUGUGGGUGCCCUGAGUGCUGCUCUUGUCAUGACUAUACGCCCCCGCCUUUUCUUUUCGAGAUGACAGACGCCAAAGCGCCCAUGGAUGUCAUGGAAGGAAGGAUUGGUUUUCUGCUGACGGUCUUGAAUGGGAUUCUGGGAACUCUAGACAAAAACCCAUCUCUUCGCACGGGUCUAGAUAGCGUUUACUACAGGCGGGUUCUCCUCUGCGGAACUACGUGUUUGAAUAAUCUCUACACAGAUUAUCUUCAGCGCUUCAAGAACCUUGACGCGUGCUCGGCCACGGGGAUAUUCCAUGGUAGCUGCCCGCUUAGUGUUCUGCGCGUAUGCAGCGCGAUUACGUCGGGGGAGGACGAGAGCCUGUUUUUGCGCCACAAUCUUGCGGACAACGCGCGAAAACCUAAUGAUAAGCCCGCCGAUAGUAACGCUAUCCUUACCUUUGCGUCUUAG